AGUCACUAUAUUAGUCUACCACACGUCAAUAAAAAACUAACCUCAAUCGUAAAUGUGUUGUUAGUUGUUUCUGCACGAACGAAAACACCUUUAACCAGAAAAAUGAAGAAUUUAGAACUGUUACAACUAUUCCAUAAACCCGUGGAUGACACGUUCGCCCCCUCAACAAUCUUCGCCCAAACCGGCGACACCACCUACUUCAUCAAAAACACCACCUUGUACAAACACGAUUUUAUUAAAAACACAACACUCGAAGUGUGCCCCCACAACUUCGAAGACGCCACUCACUUAAAAGUCCUCACCAUCGAAAACAAAAUCUGCAUCGUGACCAAAGACAGCAUCCACAUUUUCGACCCGGAGGAGCACCAGGAGCUCCAAACCCUGGCAUUCGACAGCGACAUAGCCGCCAUUAGUUGGAACCCCACGGAGGAAAUCGUCGCCUUGGUGUCACAAAGUGGCGAUGUGGCCACGUAUAGCAUCGACUACAUCAACGGAGAAGUUUUCCCCCAGGGGCAAAGUAGCGUCCAGGCGAAGAUUCCGGAUACCGUGUAUGUGGGUUGGGGCUCCAAAGACACCCAGUUCCGGGGUUCAGAAGGCAAAUUAAAGAAAACAACACCAGUUGAGACUAAACCCGUCAAAGACAAAAAACCGACGAUUUCCUGGCGCGGAAAUGGAGAGAUGUUCGUCGUGAAUUACUGGGAGAGCGAGAAAAGGAAGUUCGUUGUUUUUGAAACGCCCUGUAAAGCGUUGUACAGGUCGGAGGAGUGUCCGGGGUUGCAGCCACCAGUGGCGUGGCGUCCGACGGGGAAUAUGAUAGCGACAGUGGCGGAGUCGAGUUCUCAGAGUAUCGUUAUUUUUGAAAAAAACGGUCAGAAGCGGUUCAGUUUUGACUUAAAUUUCGGCACGGUUAGAAUAAAAGAACUAAAAUGGAGUCCUUGUGCCCAAAUUCUUACUAUUUGCACCGAGGACUCCGUGACCAACACACAAAACAUACAUUUACUAACUUCGAGUAAUUAUAAGUGGUACGAGAAGCAAAAAUUGACGUUUAGACGUGACAAUCCACUAUUGGAUUUUGAUUGGUUGGAUUCCACCCAGUUCACGUACACUCUACGUGUAGUCACAGUUAAAGAAAUCGUCAAGUAUGUGUUUCGCAGCGUCAUCAACAACUCAUUGGGGGUUUGUGGGGUCAUUGACGGCAAAAGUCUCCAAUUGACUGAUUUCACCGACUCGGUGAUCCCCCCAAUAAUGAGUCUCAAGACCUUUACGAAUUCAGCGCCUAUUAAUUUUGUCGCUUUUGGUCAAAAUUGUGUAGUUAUAGUUGACUGUGACAACAAUCUAAAAAUAUUAGACAUUGAGACACUAGAAAACGUUACUUCUGUCAAUCUAAAGUUGACACUUGAUAAUCUGUCACUCAUUCCUUUGUCAUGUCAUCACUUUAUCCACACUCCAGGCACGAUUUUUUUUUCUUGUGAAACUCCCUCAGACACAAUUAUCCACAAUUUAGACGUCGCCACAACCGAGAUUAAAUUCAUCAACGCCGCCCCCACCCCACUACGACACUUAGUGCACAUUUCCACCAAUCACGAUCUCGUAAGUCUAAGCCGCCUCGAUUCUAACCUCUAUAUCAACGACUGUCAAGACACGGUCCGUCAAGACGUCAAAAUCAUCAACGAUAAACCUUACACGUGUCGUUUACUGUCAAACUGUCACUUUUACGUCAACGAUCACAAAAUCAGCGACUGUGUCAACUCGUUUCAAAUUUUCGACAACUACCUCCUCUACACCACCAAACUCAACGAACUAUAUUGUUUGAGAUUGACUGGUAAUUUUGACAACAAAUAUCUUCGUAGUGUGGAACAAGGCGCCACUAUCGUCACCGCAAUAACAAAUUCCCCCAAAAUAGUACUACAAUUACCCCGGGGCAACCUUGAAACGAUUUCGUGUCGUUUAAUAUCGAUCGACAUCUUGGAUCGUUUGUUGGACGAUGGACGUUGGGAUGAAGCCCUGCGUUUCAUACGUUUGGAGAAACUAAACGCGAACUUGUUGUUCGAUUUGGACGCGAAUCGAUUUUUGGAGCAAAUCGAUCGUUUCAUGACCGGGGCAAAAACGAUCAACGAGUUAAACAGCAUUUGCUUGGAGUUCGAGGAGGGGAACGUGUUGGAUAGCAUUUAUCGGAAUUGGGGGAAAUCGAAGAUGUAUCCGGGUAAAAUCGACGCGAUUUUUUUGGCAAUUUUCAAGUACUUUAAUAAAGUGGACUACGCCGACUAUAUAACCACUAUACUGAUAAUAAAUUUGAAUUUUUUCACACUUCGAGAGGGUUUGGUGUACUUGCAGGACCUCCUGAGACGUUCGUACGGUGACGUCACGUUGAAAAAAAAACUAAUCGAGGCGAUUAACACUCUCAAAACGUACGGUUGCGACCAAGAGAAACUCUACACCGAGUCGUUGCUUCUGUAUGACUUAGAUCUGGCGCACUUUGUGGCCACAUGUUGCCAGAUGGACCCCCGCGUCUACGAACCGCAGAUAAACACCUUGAGAAACUUAAGGGAGGUGGAACGUCGCUUCCAGAUUAACGUCUUCGCGAAAAACCCUAGAUCAGCCGUUAAUUAUUUACUCCGUUGCCCUGACAUUGAAUCCGAGGUUGUCUCCAAUUAUAUUAAAAACAACAACGUCAGUCUAGAAGCUUAUGAAACUUGUCCUAGAAACAACCGACAGUUUGAAGUCGUGAGUCGCGCGUUCGCGGAGGAUAUGAGUAGGCGUGGCUUCCACCAAGAGGCGGGGCUUGUUUUGAAGAGGGCGGGGUUGUUGAAGGAGGCGCUUGACGAGUUUAUGUUGUGUUUAAACUGGAGGGAGGUUGUGAAUGUGUUAGGGGAGUUGAAAGUGAAUGAGGUGGAGAGGGUGAGGGUAAUCAGUGAAUUGGCGUGGAGGUUAACACAGGGUCAUGUACAAGACGCGGCCAUGUUGUACGAGUUCUAUGUCGGGAGUUACGAAAUGGCGAUUAAGGUGUUGUUGGAGGCGGAGUUAUUCAAGGAGGCGGUGCACGUGGCGAAGAAACACAAUCGGAGGGAUAUUAUUGUUUCCGAGGUUGUCCCAUUGGUGCAAAAGCAGAAAAUCUAUUUGGAGGAGAAGCUAAAAGACUUGAGUGCGUUGUAUGACAAGUACCGACUGAGACUAGUGGAAGUCAGACGCAAUAAACUUAACAAAUUUAGUAACUUUGGAGAUGAGUGUGAUGAUAGGGACGAUUUGUUUUCUGAUGCAGGUAGCACGAUAACGAAAACUUCAAGGUCCUCUAGGUCACGUUCUUCCACAGCGUCUUCACGUAAUCGUCGAAAAGAAGAAAAGAAGAAGCAAGAUCUUCGGGAAGGUGGAAUCUAUGAAGAUAUAGCGUUGAUUAGGGCUCUGCAUUGCACGAUUAAAGAAAUUUACAACAAAGGUGAAGAUGUUCGAAACUGUUGUAUUCUACUGUUGCAAGAAAGUGACAGUUCGUUUAAAGAAGUUAAGAAGUUGUAUGACUUGUAUUGGAAAGUUGACGGCCAUGUUAAAAAUGGCGUCGGGGAAAUAUGGCCGCCACAUUUUACUGCCUACUAUCAGACGCAAGACGUGCAGGAGUUGGCGGAUUUGGAAAACUUCGAACAUUUAGAUGGGGCGUACCGGACGGCACCUGAUAGCCCGAAUUGGAAACUCAAUUUUUUUAAGAAAUAAAUUUUAAUUAAGUGUAA